AUGUUUGGUGAAAUGACAAACAAGCAUGGAAUAUUUUGCCUCGUUUGUCUAAGCUUAGGGAUUGUUGUCGCAGACAUUAAGAAUCUCACUGAUGCUCAAGAAAAUAUUUUGUCACGACAAAAAAGAUAUUUAAUAUUUCCUCGAGGUAGUAACGUUCAGUUGGUUUAUUGUUUAACAAUCGGAGCGUUUGCUGGAAAGCCAGAUAAUGUGGUGGUGGGAAUGACAGCUGCUUUGGCAUGGGAACUGCCGAGUGAAGUCGAUAAAAAAAUAACUAAAUUACUGCACCGCCGAACACGAAGCGUGAUCUUCCCUAAAAUCGAAGCUCUUCUUCAGUCAGCUGGUCUUGACGGUAGAGCUUGUGUAAUGAGGGCAAUUUGCGAGGCCGCAAAUCGGGAUAGUGAUAAAAUCGGCAGUGGAACAUUCAUUCAAGAACUUUUGCAUGUUAUUUUCAGAUUAAGAAAUGACGGAAAUAACUUUGAUAAAUCUCAAGACAAGAUUUACGAUUUUACUCAUCAGAGUAAGAUGAAUUGUGCUCAAGAGUAUCCAACUUGUCGACACUCCAUUUAUGAACUUGACUUUUGA